AUGACUCUUGCGCCUUGUGAGACUGUUUAUAUCUAUCUAUCUAUCUAUCUAUCUAUGUCUAUCUAUCUGGCGAGGUGGGUAUACAAUAUCUAUCUAUCUAUCUAUCUAUCUAUCUAUCUAUCUAUCUAUCUAUCUAUCCGCUGGUUCAUUCCGCAUCGUUUAGUUAUUGACCCUUUUCUUUCAGUUUUCGCCCCUGCCCCGUUGCAUUUGUUCGUCUUCCUCUGUUUUCGAUGCGAAUUUCUUCCUCACCGACAUUUUCAACUUCAUCCCUUAAUUCACGUCUUUUCUCUACCUUUUCAUCGUUUCUUUUCUUGCAUGGAUCGAUACCCGUUUGCUUCUUUUUUUCAAGAAUUGUAUUUUUUUAUCUUCCUUUUUCUUUCUUAUUUAGUUUCGUUUCCUUCUUUCAUUUAUUUUUCUUUAAUUCCUCCCCCCUUUCUUUCUUUCAUUGCAUCUUUUCUUCUCCCUUUAAUAUUUCUUUUUUUUUAUUAUUCCUUUUCUUUUUUUUCUUUCUUUCAUUCAUUCAUUAAUUAUUUCUUAUUUUCCUUCUUUCUUAUUAUUUCUCUUUCAUUCAUUUUUCUUUUUUUUCACCCUCUUUCUUUUUUUUUUCUUUUCUGUGCUUCGUUCUCUCUUAGUUGCCCGAAGGAGGUAAAAGUUAAUUAA